AUGGCAUUUUCUGGUAGUGGAGUGUCCAACUUGAGCGACCCGAUGGCCAUUACCUCUGAUGACGAGAUAGCCACGGACCCAGAAGUUUACACCUCAGACACCACGAGCUCCGAUGAAGAUGAUUUUCAGCCUUUUUCCCUACCGAUCUUCGGAGACGACGUACCCUUAGCUGAUGGUCCACCGGGAGAGGAUCUACCCCUUGUUCCGAUCCCUGCCCCUCUCCCAUUUGCUGCAGUUCCCUUUGAGGAACAGCCUCUCGACGCGUUACCCGAUGGCGACAUCGAUCUGCUCAUCGAGGGUCCCCCGGAGGGAGACCAGGAUGGCGGGUCCCUGAUGGAGGACGAUGUCCCGCUUGCUGAUAUUCCAGUUGUUGACCCUGUUGUUCCUAUGGUUGAGAUUCCUGAUAUGGAGGUUCAUUCUGAUUCGUCCGUCUCAGGUUCUUUUGGGUCGGUAGCUUCCUCUAUCCCACCGUUGGGAUUCGGUUACUUCAGUCGUUUUGUCGAUAAUGAGGAGAUGGAGAUGGACGACGAGUUGGUCCCCGAGGAGCAGCCUGCUGAGGCUCCUGUUCUCCCGGAUGAUCAGGUUCCUGUUAUGCCUGCUGAUCAUCAGCCUGCUCCUGUCGUUCCAGAGCCCGUUCUUGCUCUUGACCCUGUUCCUGAUGAUGCACCAGUCAUUGCACCACCUGUCACUGAUGCACCCGUCGUUGCACCACCAGCUGCUGAGAUCCCAGAUGUAGCACCUAUACCUGACCCCAUGCCGAUUUUUGAUGACCUUGCACCGUUUGCUACCCAUAUUGACCCGAGAUACGCUGACACCCACAAUGGGUGGAUCGAGGAGGAUGACUACCCUCCGUAUGUGAUCCCAGUCUCUCCCCCUACCGUACCUGUUACUGCACCACUCGACAUUCCGUUGUUUCCCCCACACACCACAGAUAUCCAUCGUACCGAUCUUCCGAUUACCUUUCUCCAGGACAUUCCUCCGCCACGACCUGGGGAGGGAUCGUCGAGGCAGCCUUUUGGCCACACACCGCUUAUGUCAGGAGAUAGCCAGUUUAUACCACAGAUUCCUUAUCCUGGUUUUGUUCCACCCAUGUCGUCUUCUGUACCUGUCACGCCUCAGUUUCCCCAUACUACUAUACCGUUUGCAUCUACCCCACACACUACUUAUCCAGUUUCAGCUCCGAUGGGCGAGCUAUUUCUAUGGUCAUCACCCCAUGUUAUGCCAUUAUCCGACCCUUAUCACCCAUUUCACGUCGGAUACUCUAUAGAGGACACACUCACGUUACUGCAGUUACAGCAGGACGCCCUGAGACGACAUGUCCAGGAGUUGGGGAGAGCUCCACAUCCUCCAUGCCACUGCCAGACCCCGUUUGCAGCACCACACGCUCCUUUUCCAUCACUUCUUGAUUCAGAUAUUCAUUUCCUUCCUCUUGACCAGCAGGUUGCUUACCUGUUGCGUUUCGCCUAUGCUCUCCAGGAGGACUUGGUGCAUUUGCGCCGGUUACUUUUCUCUCGCUUUCCACCUCCUCCGCCGCCAUCAGCAUAG